AGCCAAGCUGCCUGAGAAGAGAAAAGUCUGACUCAAAUAGUCUACACAGCUGUCAGCAUGCCAAUCUAGAAUGCGUAUAUAAAAGGCGUCAAGGACUUGAUGUCUCUCACCCUGUAUAUAUUAUUUAUCUCUAGCUCCCUCCCAUGAUUCUGGUUUCUCAUCCUUGAGCUUGCCUUUCUCCAUCUCUCCUUGAUUCUCAAACUCCAUAAUACUGGGUCGGAAUUGGUCAGUAUUUAGAUUUCAUUGAUUUAAUUAUAAUUUUCUCCUAUUGUUCUCUGUUUUAUUGUUUCUAAUUAUAAGAUCACUGAUUGAUCUGUAAGAAUUCUACUUCAAAAUCUUGCCUUUUCUUGUAAACCAAAGCUUCUGUAGUUCUAGCUAAAAAGGCCAGAAAUUAAGAUUAAAAAAAGAAGAAAGGAAGAAAAAAGAAUUCUGAAGUUUUUCAACUGGCAUCUUUAAUCCUCUGAAACAAGUGUUUUGAUCGAUUAAGAGAUAAGAAUCUCUCCCUCUUGUUUCUCUCUGAACAAUGAAGAGUCAAAACCAAAAUUCACUGGCCACAACUAUCAAUCUCCUUGGUUCACGAUGGAAUCCUCUCCAUCUCUUUUCUUGUUUCUUCUUCUUUGCAUUUGGUCUAACCUUUGGAAUCAUACUCAGUUUCAAUCUCAAAAACUUCUCAUUUAAUCUCCAAGUCACUCAAUCAUCCCCCUCCCCAUCAGCAUCAGCAUCAGCACCACCCCCAUCCCCACUGGUUUCCCCAUUGCCAGCAUCAACCUAUCCCACAAAUGAAACUUCAAAAGCCGGCCGUCGCAUAGGACUGAGCGAAUAUAUGAAGCCGCCUAAUGCUAUGCACGACAUGGAUGAUGAGGAGUUGCCAUGGAGGGCUUCAAUGGCUCCUCAGAUUCGUGAGUUUCCAUUCAAAAGAGUUCCCAAGGUUGCUUUCAUGUUCUUGACCAAGGGGCCGUUACCACUGGCUCCUCUGUGGGAGUUGUUCUUCAAAGGGCAUGAAGGGCUCUACUCAAUUUAUGUGCACUCACAUCCAUCAUUCAACGAAACCGAGCCGGAAAAUUCAGUGUUUCAUGAUCGAAGAAUUCCCAGUAAGGAAGUUCAAUGGGGAAAGUUUAACAUGAUUGAAGCUGAACGCCGUCUACUAGCCAAUGCUCUCCUUGAUUUCUCAAACUACCAUUUUGUUCUCCUCUCAGAAUCAUGCAUACCCCUCUUCAAUUUCUCAACCAUCUACUCUUACCUCAUGAACUCCACACGAAAUUAUGUACAGACCUAUGAUUUCCCUGGUCCAGUUGGCCGUGGCCGAUACAAAGAGCAAAUGUAUCCAACAAUCACAAUUGAACAAUGGAGAAAGGGGUCCCAGUGGUUUGCGGUGGAUCGAAAUCUAGCCACGGAAAUAAUCUCUGACCAAACUUAUUUUCCCAUAUUCCAAAAGCACUGCAAGUCUUCAUGCUAUGCUGAUGAACACUACUUGCCAACAUUUGUGGGUAUAAAAUUUUGGGAGAGGAGUGCAAAUCGAAGCUUGACUUGGGUUGAUUGGUCAAGGGGUGGGGCUCACCCAGCUAGGUUCAUGAGGUGGGACGUGACCAUUGAGUCUUUGAAGAGGUUGAGGAGUGAGGGUAGAUGUGACUACAAUGGGAAGAGCACCAAUAUCUGUUUCUUGUUUGCAAGGAAGGUCAUGCCAAGCGCUUUGGAGAGGCUGUUGAGGUUUGCACCUAAGGUCAUGCACUUCAAUUCUUAGGUCCAUUUUCAUUAUUUAUUUGUAACACUUUAGGGCAUAACAACAAAAAUGCCCAAAAUUUAAUCUGUGCAUAUUUAUUAUUUUAUUUGAACUGUAAACAAUCACAUUGUUUUGAUUAUAGAGUAGUUUUAUUCAUAAUAGAAAUGGGCCAAAAAUGCAAAUUGGAG